CUGGCCCCGCAGGCUCAUGGGAAGGCGGAGGACUGUGAGUCAGGGCGGGGUCCUGCACAAGCUGCCCAUCCUGCCGCCGCUGCCACCCCUGCUGGCCGAACACAGCGAGCUGGAGGAGGAGUCUGUGCGGCUUCUGCACACGCCCACCUCCCUGGCCCUGGGGCAGGAGGGCGGGGCCAUGGAAGGCGUGGCCCAAGAGGGCGUGGUUCUGGAGGGCAGGGCUCUGGAGAGUGUGAUUGAGGGCAGGGCCUUGCCGGGCUGGCCUGCGGAGGGGGGGAUGGGGGGGAGGGAGGGAGAGGAAGAUCAGGAGGAGGGCUGGGAGCAGGUCCUGCAGAAGGUGGACUUGCUGUGGCAGGACUGCGAGGAGCAAGGCUGGGGGCCCCGGGGCAUGGGCUCCUUAGGCCCCUGGCCCAUCCUGCCCCCCCCGCUGGGCUUUGGGAGCCCGGACUCACCCCCCUCCCCCCCCGGCUCUGCGCACGGCUCCCUGGCCGGGGCCUCGCCCCCCCUGGCGGGGCGUGAGGCGGGGUCGGAGCACACGCGGGAGUCGGAGUCCAGCGGAGUGCAGAUGUCCGGGCCGGACCAGAGCGGACGCUCCGACACGGAGCGCCGGGAAUACGACUCCGACCUUGGGAGCGCCGCCUCACUGGACCGGGAGGAGGAGGAGGGGAGGAAGGACGCCCAUAUGGGCGGAGUCUGGCUGGAGAUUCGGCAUUCCUCUCCCUCCCCCGAGGAGCCACGCCCUGACCCCGUACAUGAAGGGGGCGCCAGUGAGGAUAUACCAGCCGGAGGUGGGAGGGGUCGAGAGGAGGAAGAUGAAACGGGGGAGGGUAAGGAGAUCCAGAACACGACCUCUGACCCCCAGCCCCCUGCCGAGGAGACACAGGGCGUUCCCAUGGUUACCAGGGCGGAGUCCCCCCCCUCCCACACAGACUCGCCCCCCCCCCUGUCACCCUGCAAGCCCGAGGGGCGUGGCUCGGGGCUGGACAGCCAGGAUGCCGACGCCUUCGUGGUGACGGACAGCUUCGUGUACCUGGCGGUCUCCGCCCUGCCCACCUUCCCCCCCGCUGCCCCCCCCCAGGAGAAGAGCCCGUCUCCCGCCCUGCUGCAGCCCCGGCCCCGUGCUGAGGAGGGUGACUUCCUGUCCAGCGACGGCUUUGUGUACCUGGCCGCUCCAGAGCGCCACACGCUGGCGGGCAGCGGCAGCUCCGGGCCCAACUCCCAGGACUCGGACUCGGACGCUGCCCAGUCCGGCGUGGACUUCGCCCCGGGGUCCACCACAGCCGACAGCGACUCGGACGCGUCCAAAUCAGAACCCGACCCAACCCCGCCUCUCUGGGACCAGUGGGAGGAGCUAGAGCCUGGUGUCCUGCGGGGGCUGUUCUGUGACGACCAGUCAGAGAGUGGACUGAUCUCCGAAGACCAAUCCAAGAGGAGUCUGAUCUGCGUGGGCCAAUCGGAACAAGGCCUGAUAUAUGAGGACCAAUCGGAGGAGAGUCUGAUCUGUGAGCGCCAAUUGGUACAGGGUCUGAUCUCCGAGAGCCAAUCAGAGCAGGAUCAGAUCUGUGGGGACCAAUUGGGGCAGGACCUGGUCUGUGAGGACCAAUUGGAGCAGGAUCUGAUCUGCGAGGGCCAAUCAGAGCAAGGAAUUUCAGGGCCAGGAGGGCCGGACGUCGGGGGUACACCUGAACAGGAAGAGGCGGAGCUAGGUUUACCCGUGCCAUGUGAGGAGGGGGUCGCAGAGACUGCAGGAGAGCCCCCCUCGGAGGUCCUGCCCCCCCCAUCGGGGUCCGGGUCGGAGCGGUUCCUGGCUCUGGAUCAGGCGCGGGUGCCGCUGGCUCUGUUCUGGGAAACGCACCGCAAGCUGGAGCCCUGGCUGCAGGAGACCCAGACUCUCAUUGGCCGACUGCCCUCUCCCGCUGUGGACCUGGAGACACUGAGGACCCAACAGGACCAGAUCAGAGUGCUGAAGGAGUCUGUUCUGGGGCACCAGUGCCAUGUGGACAAGCUGCAGCUGAUCUGCCCCAUGCUGGACCCCAGCAGCCAGGAGGGGGCAGCGAUGAGGCGGAGCUGCAGCAAUGUGGAGCAUCGCUACCUGUCAAUCAAGGACGGGGUCAGAGGUCACAGCGCAGCACUGGAGGAGGCCAUUUCCCAGUCCUCACAGUUUUACGAUAAGAUGGAGCCCCUGCUGGGGACCCUGGAGAGGGCAGUGCAGAGGUUGAGACAGCGCCCCCCGGUGGCGGUGGAGUUGGAGAAGAUCCGGGAGCAGCUGGCGGUUCACAGGGCUGCCGGGCAGGAGCUGGACAAACUGCUCCCUGCGUAUAACACCCUGUGUUCCCAUGGAGACGACCCCGCCGCCCACGUGCCUCACGCCCAUCCUGGAGACCCCGCCUCUCAGGUGAUGCGCUCUCGGCUGCAGAGGCUGCACAGUUUGUGGGGGGAGAUCCGUCAGCGUGCGCAGGAGCGCGAGGCCAAGCUGCUGCAGGUGCUGGAUUUGGCGGGAAGGUUCUGGGCGGAGUCAGGGGCCCUCCUGGGCACGCUCAGAGAUGCUCAGGACAUCACCAAGAAGCUGGAGGACCCAGCUGUCAGCCCCGCUCACAUCACGCAACAGCUGGAGACCACCAAGGCCUGGCAGGGGGAGAUGGGCCGGCUCUCAGAGCAGUUGCAGGGCCUGAGAGGGCUGGGGGAGGAGCUUAUCGGCGCCUGUGGCGACACAGAGAAACCACCAAUCACCAAGAGCCUGGCAGAGACCGAGGCUGCGCUGCGGAGCUUAAACAGGAUGCUGGAGGACAGGACCCACAGACUGGAGACAGCCAUGGCCACUGCUGUCCAGUACCAGGAUGCACUGCAGGGCAUGUAUGGGUACCUGGAUAAGGCCUCGAUGGAGCUGCGCAACAUGCCUGCUGUAGGAGUGGAGUUGGGAUCCGUCCAGCGGCAGAUCCAGGAUCUCAAGCUGUUUAAAGCAGUGGUGCUUCAGCAGCAGAGAGGUGUGCAGAAGGUUCAGCUCCAGGGCGAGCUGCUGGUGAGGAGUGCGUCAGCGCAGAGCGAGCGGGACGCCGUCCGGGAGCCCCUCGCUCACCUGACACACCUGUGGAAGAGCCUGGGGGACGAGGUCUCUCACAGACAGCAUGAGCUGGAGGUCGCUCUGCUCAGCCUGGGACAGCUCCAGCAGGCCUUGAUGGAGGCGGAGUCUUGGCUCAGCCAAUCACAUGUCACGCUGGACGCCAUGCGACCAAUCAGCUGUGACCCCAAAGCCAUAGAAAUGGAGCUGGCCAAUCACCAAGUACUGAGGGAUGAUGUCCUCUCUCGCCGCGCCACUAUGGAGGCAUUGAAUCGGGCGGCUAGCUCAAUGCUGCUGGAGCCCUGCCCACAGGAGGAGGCCAGCCACCUGCAACCGCAGCUGGAAACAGUGCAUCACAGCUGGGAGAGCCUGCUACUCAAGACCCAGGGCCGACAAGACCUGCUGGAGGCCGCACUGACACAGGCGGAGGGCUUCCAUGGUGAGGUGCAGGAGUGUCUGCAGUGGAUCAGGGACACAGAGAGACAGCUCUCAGCCACCAAACCCACCGGGGGCCUGCCUGAGACCGCACGGGAACAGCUGCGCCAGCACAUGGUAUUACACCCCUUAGCACCUACACCAUGACCUAC